AUGACCGAUCAAGUUACCGGAGCUAUCAAACACGCAGUCAUGGGACACCGAAACGACAAGAUCGAUCAGCUCAAGGCCAACACUGUUGAGCCCAGCGAGAACACUCGAAUCACCUCCGAUUAUGGAGUGAAGCAGAAUAACACCGAUCACUGGCUGCGCGUGAACAGCGAGGACCAAACUGGCCCUAUGCUGUUGGAGGAUCCUUUCGGCCGAGAGAAGAUCCACAGAUUUGAUCACGAACGAAUUCCCGAGAGAGUUGUCCAUGCCCGUGGAGCUGGCGCUCACGGCACAUUCAGGCUUUUCGAGUCCGCCGCGGACGUAACCAACGCUGGCGUCCUUACCGAUACUUCUCGGGAAACACCAGUUUUCGUCAGAUUCUCGACUGUAUUGGGAAGUCGCGGCUCCGCAGAUACCGUUCGUGAUGUGCGCGGAUUCGCUGUCAAAUUUUACACACAAGAGGGAAUUUGGGAUUGCGUCGGGAACAAUAUACCCGUUUUCUUUAUUCAAGAUGCCAUGAAGUUCCCAGACAUGGUUCAUGCUGGAAAACCUGAACCGCACAACGAGGUCCCUCAGGCGCAAUCCGCGCACAACAACUUUUGGGAUUUCGUAUGGGGGCAUUCAGAGGCAACGCAUAUGUACACCUGGGCGAUGUCUGAUCGCACGAUCCCCCGUUCGUACCGCAUGAUGCAAGGAUUUGGUGUCAACACUUUCACCCUCACCAAUGACAAAGGGGAACGCCGAUUUGUCAAGUUUCACUUCACCCCCGAGCUUGGUGUUCACUCCUUGGUCUGGGAUGAGGCGCUCAAACUUGCCGGCCAAGAUCCCGACUUCCAUCGCAAGGACCUCAACGAAGCCAUCGAAAAUGGCGCAUACCCGAAGUGGAAAUUCGGUAUCCAAGUGCUGGAGGAGUCUCAAGAACACGAUUUCGACUUCGACAUCCUCGACGCUACAAAGGUCUGGCCGGAAGAUCAGAUUCCUGUCCGAUACAUCGGAGAACUCGAGCUUAACCGCACUGUGGACGAGUACUUCACUCAAACAGAACAGGUUGCAUUCUGUACUAGCCAUGUCGUGCCUGGAAUUGGCUUCUCCGAUGAUCCUCUUCUUCAGGGCCGGAACUUCUCUUACCAGGAUACCCAGCUCAGCCGUCUGGGUAUCAACUGGGAAGAACUACCUAUCAACAAGCCGGUUUGCCCUGUCAUGAACUUCAACCGGGAUGGCGCCAUGCGUCACACAAUCUCCAAGGGCAAGGUCAAUUACUGGCCAAACCGAUACGGUCAUCAACCCGCUGCAACAGCUCAGGAGGGUGCCUAUGUCGACUACCAGGCCAAGGUCGCUGGCAUCAAGCAAAGAGCCCUUAGCAAGAAGUUCAAGGAUCAUUUCUCCCAGGCCCAGCUCUUUUACAACUCUCUUUCUGAGAUUGAGAAGGCACACGUCCAGGCUGCCUUCUCGUUCGAGCUGGAUCACUGUGACGAAGCUAUUGUCUAUGAACGCCUUACUGAGCGCUUAGGCGUCAUCGAUGGGGAGCUUGCAAAUGCUAUUGCUGAAAUGGUCGGCGGUAAGAAGCCUGUCGAGGCCAAGCCGAAUCCCGGAAAGAAGGCCAAGAACUUGAGUCAGAUGGACUUCCUUCCCAAGACUCCAACUAUCAAGUCGCGCCGUAUUGCCAUCAUCAUCGCUGAUGGCUACGACCCCAUUGCUUUCAACGCCGUGUAUGGUGCGAUCAAGGCUCAGAGUGCCCUUCCCUUCGUCAUCGGACCCCGGCGCUCCGCUAUCUUCUCCGCCAACGAAGAUUCUUCGUCGUCCAAGGGCAUCGUUCCCGACCACCACCUCGAAGGUCAGCGCAGUACCAUGUUCGACGCUAUCUUCAUCCCUGGUGGCGAGAAGUCUAUUCAGACUCUUUCCAAGAAUGGCCGAGCUCUUCACUACAUCCGCGAGGCUUUCGGUCACUUGAAGGCGAUUGGUGGUACUGGCGAGGCCGUUGACCUGAUAAACAAGGCCAUCCAGCUUCCUGAGGUCUCCCUCUCCGAGACCGACGGCAGCGGCGUUGUCGACAGCUAUGGCGUCGUGACUCUGAAGAAUGCUUCACCCGACAGCCUCAAGGAGAUUGUCACCGUUGCUUCUGAUGCUAAGGGCUUCUUGGAAAAGUUCGUGUUCAACAUCAGCCAGCACCGCAACUGGCAGCGAGAACUGGAUGGAUUGAGCACCAUGGUGGCGUACUAA